UCUUUUUUUUUUUUUUUUUUUUUUUUUUCCUCUGUCGUCGAUCCGGAGUUUUGGCUCCUCUCCUUUCCUCCUCCCCCUCGUAGCCGGCUUCUCCCCCCGCCCCGUCUCUCCCCCACUGGUGUAAGCUGUUUGUUGGGGGGUGGCCGAAGGGGAUGUCCUCUUUUCACCAGAGGCACAGCGUUCAGGGGAAACUUCAACACUGGAAGGCACGAGAAUAAGUACCUAAAUACGGGCGCACGGAUCCGCUGCUGGGGAAGACACUUGAAUUUGGGAUCCCGAGACGGUCCGGGCGGCAGGAGAUAGUCCAUUUUUAAUUGAAGGAAGCUGCUUCUACUUGGGAGUGGCAGGAGAAGUAAGGAAACCACAUGGAAGACUCCCAGGACUUAAAUGAACAAUCAGUAAAGAAAACGUGCACAGAAUCAGAUGUUCCAGAACCCCAGAAUUCCAGGUCUAUGGAAAUGCAGGACCUAGCAAGUCCUCAUCCUCUUGUUGGAGGUGGCGAUACUCCUGGUAGCUCCAAACUGGAGAAGGCUAAUCUCAGCAGCACAUCGGUCACCACAAAUGGGACAGGAGUAAUAACAAGUAGUGGCUAUAGCCCCAGAUCAGCGCAUCAAUAUUCCCCACAGCUGUAUCCUUCCAAGCCCUAUCCACACAUUCUUUCUACACCAGCAGCUCAAACAAUGUCUGCCUAUGCAGGCCAGACUCAGUAUUCGGGGAUGCAGCAGCCAGCCGUCUACACAGCGUACUCACAGACAGGACAGCCCUAUAGCCUGCCCACUUACGAUCUGGGCGUGAUGUUACCAGGCAUCAAGACAGAGGGCGGACUCUCACAAACUCAGUCGCCGUUACAGAGUGGGUGCCUCAGUUACAGCCCAGGGUUUUCUACCCCGCAGCCAGGCCAGACACCUUAUUCUUACCAGAUGCCAGGUUCUAGCUUUGCACCAUCAUCUACUAUUUAUGCAAAUAAUUCAGUUUCCAAUUCAACGAAUUUCAGUGGUUCACAACAGGAUUAUCCAUCCUACGCAGCCUUUGGCCAAAACCAGUAUGCACAGUAUUACUCUGCAUCAACAUAUGGAGCAUAUAUGACAUCAAAUAACACAGCUGAUGGCACGUCCUCCUCGACCUCAACCUACCAGUUGCAGGAAUCUCUCACAGGACUGACUAGCCAACCAGGUACAGAUCUUCAUCCAGGAGAGUUUGAUACCGUGCAGAGCCCUUCCACACCCAUCAAAGAUCUUGAUGAGAGAACGUGCAGGAGCUCUGGGUCAAAGUCCCGAGGAAGAGGCCGGAAAAGUAAUCCCUCCCCGCCUCCCGACAGUGACCUGGAGCGUGUGUUUGUGUGGGACUUGGAUGAGACCAUCAUUGUUUUCCACUCACUGCUCACGGGAUCUUAUGCCCAGAAGUAUGGCAAGGAUCCCCCCAUGGCUGUAACCCUUGGACUCCGAAUGGAGGAGAUGAUUUUUAAUCUUGCUGAUACACAUUUAUUUUUUAAUGAUUUAGAGGAGUGUGAUCAAGUUCACAUAGAUGAUGUUUCCUCUGAUGAUAAUGGGCAAGACUUAAGUACCUACAGUUUUGCAACUGAUGGCUUCCAUGCAGCUGCAAGUAGUGCAAACCUUUGUUUGCCAACAGGUGUAAGAGGAGGGGUUGACUGGAUGAGGAAGUUGGCUUUUCGUUACAGAAGAGUAAAAGAAUUAUACAACACCUACAAGAACAAUGUGGGAGGACUUCUUGGCCCUGCCAAGAGAGAUGCGUGGCUGCAGUUGAGGGCUGAGAUUGAAGGUCUGACAGACUCCUGGCUAACAAAUGCACUUAAAUCUUUAUCAAUUAUUAGUACUAGGAGUAACUGCGUAAAUGUCUUGGUAACAACAACCCAGCUGAUCCCAGCACUUGCGAAGGUUCUACUCUAUAGUUUAGGAGGUGCUUUUCCCAUUGAGAAUAUUUACAGUGCAACUAAAAUAGGCAAGGAAAGCUGUUUUGAGCGUAUAGUGUCCAGAUUUGGCACUAACAUAACUUAUGUUGUGAUUGGAGAUGGCCGAGAUGAGGAGCAUGCCGCUAACCAGAAGAGGCUGCCAGCCUAAAACCUAAAUGCUAGGUUGUUGGAGAACAGCUCGUCUGGCACCACCGUGGUACAGGCCAGUGAGCCCACAUCACAGUUUGUCCUGUGACUUUGAGCAUGCUCAGGCUAGAACGCUUCUCUUCCUCCCCCUUAGGAACCCAAGAUCCUAUUCCUUUCUGAUCUUAAAAACAAAAGAUAAACCAACAAACAAA